UCAAGAAGCUCUUAAUUGGCUAAAACGACCUCAAUCAGCCGAUUGCUCGUGCUUUUGCCUCCACUUUCUUCUAAGUUCCUCCUCUUUUUCUUCUUCCACAGCGGAGAAAGAAGCCCAGACCAGUCGAGUACGAGUACCGACUGCUGCUGCCAAAGUCUCGUGCUGCUCUGCUCUGCUUUGCUUGUCGAGGUCGCGAGGGUCUCCAGAUCUAAACUUGAUCACUCCAUCAUCAGCUCUUCUAUUGUAUUAUUCUUCCCCUUGUGUAAAUUCUCUCGCGGCCCGACAUAGCUGCGAGCUCCGCUCUUGAGUCCGUCUUACUGCUUCUCUUGUCGAUUUCCCAUAUCCGGCUCCGCGCCCCCCGGAGAUAAGAAAGUGCCAGUGCUUAAGCCGAGGCGCCGGCUCAAUUUUCCGCAACCACCAACCUCUUAGUGAUCAACUUGAUCCAAGAGCAUCAUCGAGCUUACGGCUCAUUGGGAUAGGAAUUGGGGAUUCAAACAGCUCUACGAUUUGUUUUAGAGCUUCUUUGCACAAUUGAUAAGUCAAGCCAAUUGCCACUCGAUCAAUUGGACCUCUUGUUCUACCUCGCUUCUCUUCGAUUCUUUUUUCUUGACGAGCAGUAUUUGCUCGAAUCCGCGACAAUGGUUCUCACUCAUACGACAAACCACAACUAUAACCACCCAUUCCCGACUGUCACUCUCGCCUACUUCCUCCGAUACUCCUCGCCUCAGCUAAACCCCUUCGCCGCCCAUGUUCUCAGCACCGACACCAUUGAGAGCUAUGUCGACCCAAAAACCCGUCGACUUCACACAACUCGCAUCCAUUUGAAGAAAAGUCGAAUGCCUGGUGCUGUAUACAAGCUACUUCCUGCCAGUGUCACUGGUGGUGGCUCUGGAGACAAGGCUUCAUACAUCCUGGAGACGAGUGUUGUUGAUAUCAAGGAGGGUUGGAUGAAGACGGAGAGCCGAAACCUCAAUUUCACGGGUGUACUUUCUGUCAUUGAGAAGCAGGAGUUCAACGUUCCUACCGAAGGUGUUAACCAGAACCCUAACGAGACUGCUGUGACGACUAUGGUUCAGUUCAGGUCAAGACUGGGGGAUAAAAUUAGGGGCAAGCUGGGACAAGCCCAAGAGGACGGUUGGUUCAAGAAUGGCAUCAUUGGUGGCUGGGGCACGAAGGGCAUCCAACGCAGCAUCGAAAGCAUCGCCUCUACCAAAACGCAGGAUCAAAUGGGUAAAAGCCGCGAUGGCAUGAAACUCGUCCUCGAACGAUUGCGCAACAAUGGCGUAAUGGGAGUCCUCGAGACGAUACGGCGAGAACGUCAACGACAGCUCGCUUGAACGCAUAACGAUACGACCAACUGUAACAAUGAACGACAACGGCCUUUGAGCAGCACAGUCUCGGGAGGGAAAGGUUCCUGAUGGGCUGUGUACGCUCUGUGUAUUAUUAUUGCUUUUCACUUGAGCCUGGCGUAUGUGUCUUUUUUCUUUUGGAUAGGGGAAUCUGUGGAAAAUCUGGAGAUGCGAUGCUGGAAUCGGCCAGCGGAGCGGAUGAGGGGACAGAAAAACGUGUGAUGACACGGCGCCUCAACUAUAUGUGGCAUCCCCUCUCUUGUAUUGUGUAUGAAGAAUGAAUGGAAACAAAAUUUCAAAGAAGUUUAUUGGUCUAGUGAUUGGCCGCGUGGAUGUGAGGUUUGAGCUUGCCCGACAGCUUAUCUGAGGUAACAAGCUUGGGUCGUGUACGUUCCAAGCUCUUAGACAGCCUAUGGACUUACUUAUAUAACAAAGGUAUAUACAUGUGAACCUUUGUUGUAUCAUAUCGUAAACUUUGUCUAAGUGAUGCACUCCUGCUCCAAACACCAAGUAUCUCUUUCAGUUGUACGUUUCGCUGCGUGGUUUU